ACAUCUUCCCUCCUUCACAGUCCCAUAGCUUCCUAAACCACCCCUUUCGAGUUGCACUCACCACAUAGACCCAAGGAAAAAGAGCAAAGGCAUCACACCACCUAGUCACUCACGAAAUCCUGCCUCCUUGCUCCUCUCCUCGUACCUGACUCCCCCGCGGUGGCCAAGCCUGACCCCUCCAUCGCCUACCCUGUACACUCCGUGAUCAAACCCCGGGCCUCCGAGCCUCCGUCUCCGACCCCGACACCAACGCCGAUGCCCGGCUCCGAGACAAGUCGGCCUUGCAAACGAUGCAAGACCGAGAAUGCCCCGUUCCAACUGCGGACUGACCCGACAUGUCGAGACUGCUACGUCCACUAUGUCGCACUCAAGAUGGGCAAGCGACUAGGCCAGCUACACAGGGAUAUCCGCGUAUCCCGCCUGCCCACGGCUCGCCGCUACAUCGCCGGCCUCUCCUUCGGGCCCUCCUCCAGCACUCUUGUCGAGCUCCUCGACGACACCGGCCGACGUCUCUCCCUCAAGAAGUCGUCGUCCCCAUUCAACCCCCUUGUCGUCCACGUCGACACCGGUUUGUCAACGGACGAGGACUCGCCGGCCCGGAAGCUCAUCGAGGAGUAUCGGAGUCGCUUCUCGCACGUUGAGUUCGAGUGCGUACCCCUUUCUGAUGUCCUCGCCGUGAGGAGCAUUGACUGGUCCGCGCUGCCGCUUCCUGUUGAAGAUGGCUCGGUGACUGGCCCAGCUGUUCGAUUGCGACGGCUCUUUGAUGCCCUACCGACUGUCACCUCGCGGGCCGAUGUACUCCGCCAGUUCAUUCGUCACCUCCUGUUGCACAUUGCCCUCAAAAGCUCCUGCUCGGCGUUGCUACUUGGACAUAGUACAUCGGCGCUCGCGGCCCUGACACUCUCCGAGGUCGCCAACGGCCGUGGCUUUGCCGUGCCAUGGCAGGUCAAUGAUGGAUUGUGCACUAUAUGUACAUAUCCAGCCCCUGACACGAGCGCAACCGACUCUGACACCACAACUCCAGCACAGGGGACUGGCCGGACAGAAUUCCCCAUCUAUUAUCCCAUGCGCGAAGUCUUCCGCAAUGAGAUCCUACAGUACAUCGACCUUGUCCCGUCACUCUCCGGGCUAGUUCCCGCCGACCAGAUGGCCAUUGGUGGCAGCAGCAGCGUCGUUUCGCACAAGGACCUGAGCAUCGAGGAGGUUAUGGCGCGGUACUUUGACAGCGUCGAGGACUCGUACUCGGGCAUCGUGGCCAACGUGGUGCGGACAACGGGCAAGCUUGAGCGAGUGGCCGGGGACGAUUUCUGUGGGAGCUGCGGUAUGACGGUCGACGACCAGGGCGACUCGAGGUGGGCCGGCGAGAUUGGAGACGACCCGGUAGGGCUGGGGGGCUUGGGAGGGUUAGGACGUCUUUGUUAUGGUUGCAAAAGGUCGAUCCAUGGAUAGCACUUUAUGAGAACCAAAAGAACUUCAAGAGAAUCAAGAGAACAAGAAAACGGCA